AUUCUACCCACUCUAAGAUACGCUCUCUUUGUCGCAUUGCUUAGCGGAGCCGCGGACAUUGAAUAUCGGCGCGUGUUAUAUAAAUUGGAGCUGAAACCAAGAUUGGGAACGAAAAUAUGACGCGCUGCCAUUGAGCUUGCCGCGGAUAUUUUUGCUCGUUUUCCGUUCACAUCGGCGGUUAUCGCUACCCACAACCCUUUCUAUCUUCGCUUCAACAGAGGUUUUAUUGGGAAAAUUGUGUGGCGCGACUUUUCAUUUUCCACUUUCCAUGCCACAGAGAGUGAGGCGGCCUGAUCCCAAGAUUCAGUUGAUUUUCGCGCUUGGACUUGUAAACAGCGAGCUUCUUUAGCACUUGUUCGAAUCAUGCGCUUGUGGAGCAUUAUAUUGGCCACCUUGUAUGUACAAGUCGGUUGUCGUAAUGGCUCAACGGUUGCAUCGGAGCGUGUGGCAAAUUCCAACCAGCAGCGACUGGCAUUGGCAAAGCAAAAUUUCCUUGUUGGAAUUGCAAGUUUAGGUGCAUUGCACGAAACAAACCACACUCGAUGUGGCCAAGAACUUGAAAUGUUGCUCCAAGCUGUAAGCGAUCACAGACUUUGGGCUUUAAAAGUUUUGGAUUAUUUCGGAGCACCUCCCAAGUCAUUUACGUGGGGCAAUUAUUAUUGGUUCGGCACACCUGAUUUGUGCGACGAUCUUAACCAGCCGUUCCGCAUAAGUUUGGCUCAUUCCCAACCAAUCAUGUUCAACGUGAGCAGCCCAUUUGAAAUGCAUUUCGUUGUGGUGUACACUAAUUUUACGUCACCCUAUACCAUCGACUUGAGACUGCCCUUCGAGACUCUGAUUCAUGUGGGCCUCUGCCUGCCAAAGUCGUGCAGUUCAUCCAGAAUACACAACUAUGCCAAUCUGUAUUUUGAAAGCAACGUUUUUGAAACACAGGAAAAAUUCGAUCUUGAGAUGAGGGUCGUCGAUGUGAAAAUUCCGCAUUUUUCAACGAUGAAAUUCUUCAAACAAACCGCAAGUAUUAUAUUUGUAAUUAUAUUAAUCGCCUCCAUCUCAUUGCCAAUCCUGGCGGAAAUCGUUUACAAAUCGAAACACAGACUGCAGCUUCAACAUUCGUUGUGCCGAAAGAACGCAAAGCUCGGUGGUGGCGUGCGCAGUUAUCAACAGCAAAGACAACAACGCCAAACUGAACCCAACAAAAGACAAGCAGAAAGCUCCCAGUGGGAACAGAUGUUGAUGUGCUUUCUCAUUUCGGAGAACUUUGCUGCCGUUACGAGUUUGGACAACUCUAAUCGUAAUUCGGUAUUUCUGACAUCGAUGGCAGGGCUGCGGAGUGUCGUCUGCAUGUGGAUCACGGUGUUUCACGUCUACUACUACUCCCUCUUCGCCAUGUCCAAUACGCCGUACAUCUUUGCCAGGCUGGAGAUGUUUGCAUUGCAGCCCAUAAUGCAGGCCUGCUUCUAUGUCGACGUAUUCUUCAUAAUGAGCUCAUUUCUGUUGGUUUUCAACUUCCUAUCGAAUGGCCGGCAAAUGCAGAGGAUUGCUGCCAACACUUGGUGGGAAAAUGUGAAAAUGUUCCUGAGUUCACUGUUGCAGCGAUACAUGAGAUUGACUCCUGUGAUGAUUAUUACAAUGCUUCUGAGCACCAUGAUCUUCGACGUUGUUAACAUGUACUCACCCUUUCGAUUGGGCGAACACAGUGGCCUCUAUUGCAAGACAACCUGGUGGUACAACCUUUUGUACAUUCACAACCUAAUCGAUAUGGAUCGUAUUUGCUGCUCAUGGACCUGGUACUUGGCAUGUGAGAUGCAGUAUUUCGUUUUGUUCACCGCCUUUCUCUACGUCUAUGCUAAACAUCGCAAGGUUGCCCAGGCCACAUUCGCAGCUUUCGCUCUGGCAGUCGUGGCCAUCGGAUGGUCCAGCAAUUACACGAAUGGCAUAUCCUUCGAGAUCGACGUCAUUUACAGCACUCUCAAUCAAUUGUAUGUCAAACCCUGGGUGCGAAUACCUCCAUAUGUUGGUGGAGCAAUUACGGGCUGGUUUAUGCAUGGCUUGCAUCAGCAAAAGACGCCAAGCAGUGAACAGGAGGUGACACUGCAAAGACGCAAUUCGAAUCUGUUGAGGAGGCUUGCAACGCAGUCGUUUUGGUUCCUAGCCUUCCUUAUCUACAUCGCCACUAACUUCAUGAGCUAUUGGCGUUCAACGCCAUCGUGGGCGGUGGCAUCCAUUAUGUCGGUGGGCAAAUUGAUUUUUGCCCUUUGCAUUGGCGGCGUCAUCAUUCAGUGCUCUCGUGGUCACGGAGGAAUCCUAAAUAGACUGCUCAGUGCCCGGCCUUUACUCUUCCUGAGUAAAUUCUGCUUCAGCAUUUACAUGUUGGCCCCCAUAAUUGUGGUUUUUAUGUUCGCUAUGCGCAAUGAACCUACGAACUUUACCGAAAUUGGGUCCGGAGCAGAUUUCCUAGCCGUUAUCGUUUUGGCAAUAAUGUCCGGAAUGCUGCUCUUCACCCUCGUGGAGUUGCCCGUGCACAGAAUAUCGAAUAUUUUGUUGAAGUGAUAAGUGUUUAUGUAUAUUUCGAAUAAAUAUGGACGAAUGUGUGUAUGUCUGUGCAAGCAUAUGUAAAUAUGUAGGUACUGAGUUGUAGAUUUGCGUUUGA